AUGAGUGACACAAUAGAAGGAGAAGGAGUGGAAUCAAGAAAGAGCAGGAAGGAGCUUGAGAGAGAAAGAAGACGUCUAAGAGACAGAGAAAGAAGACAGUUUAUGAGCCAAGACGAGAGAGAAAGACAUUUGGCUCGCCGCCGCAAGAACUACCAGCUACGUCGGCAGAGAGCUGAGACAAACCGCAUCGACACUCAGAUCCAAGCAAUCACCGGAGGAGCAGCACUGACCUCAUCACAUCAAGAUUCCGGAGCCAGCAGUAGUGUCCCAUUGCUUGAGUCUGAUCAGAGUGUGGAGAUACCAGUGGAGGAGAUGUCUAAACUGAUAGGGCCAAUACGGCUGAGCCGUGUGAAACAUCUGGCGAGAACACUGAGGAAGUCUAGUGCAACUAGUGCAGUGGCAAGCAACAUUAAUGGAGACACAGAAACAAAGACAAGAUGUGCAAUGACAAGUGGGCUACGUCUGAGUCAAGUGAAACGACUGGCGAGAUCAAAGGGCCAGCAAGAGUGUCAACAGGAGACCAGCAUUAUUAGAGAUGACAACUUGAGUGAGAGUCUAAUCAAUUAA